AUGCGUCUAAUUCCAAUGCGACCAGAGUACGUACAGUCCAGCAUGCACAUCCGCGCAGAAUGGUCGUCGAUUGUGGAGGGACGCUGGAGUACCCACCAUGUCGGGUGCGACAGGCGCCGCUUGGGACAGACAGAAGAUGAGAAAAACGUGACUCGUCUUCGGAAUGUGAUGCCAGAGAAGCUGGCCACGUUUUGCAAGAUUCACCUCUCCUUCCUGCUCGAACUGGACGGUUCCAAGCUUGAAGAAAUAUUCGCGGAACAAGGGACCACUGACUUAAACGCGAACAAAAGGAAGUUGUCGAUGCCGUUCUCCAGGAAAAAAGAUCGCGCCGCGUCCAGUCAAGCUCCACUCUCAAGCGACCUAUUGGGUGUCAUGAGCUGCCUAAUCAGCUUCCUUCAGCAGCCAGACUGCCUGUGCACAGAGGGACUGUUCCGCAAGACCGGUAACGUCUCACGCCAGCGACUUCUCCGUGAGUGGAUCGCCCAGGGAGCGGAUGACCUCCACCUCGGGGAUGGCACGUUCUCACCCCACGACGUUGCUACUGUCCUCAAGCAGUUACUCAGUGAGCUGCCAGAACCCCUUCUUACACAGAAACAUUACGAGGCGCACAUGCAGAUCUCGGAACUAAGUCUGAACUGCCUCUCAGACGCAGACAAGAAGCGCUCUGAUGAGAAGCAUGUAAAGGCCCUCCAGCUUCUUGUACAGCUGUUACCCCGCGAGAACGCCGCUCUGCUCGAAUCUCUUCUCGACCUUCUGAACCGGGCUACCAAGGUCGCCGAAAACAAGAUGUCCGCGGAAUCGCUUGGCAUAAUCUUCGCGCCGAGUUUAAUCUGCCCCCGGAAGUUGGCGCCGCAAGCGAUGCAAGACGCAUUGGCAACGCAGAGCAAGGCGGUGUCGAUGAUGAUCGAGAACUCUGGUGCAGUGUUCGAGGUGCCGCGGGAGCUGGCCGAUGACGUAGCACACUUCUGGCGCGUCAUGGAAGACGUUUUGGACGGAAGCAAGAGCUGUGCGGAUAGGGUGAACAUCAGAAAGUCUAUGUAUAUAAACCGCUCAAGACCCGCUAGCGCCGUUCUAACAUCUGCCGAUCGCAAGUCCCCGGAGACGUUUGAUUGUGCCCAAGACACUCAUGUCUUUACGCAUGAUCAGUCGACGGUCGAGUCAGUCGAGUGUGAAAGCAAUCAAAAACUGAUGAAGCAGUUGGACCGUGUCGACAGCAGGCGCAAUCACUAUCGAAAGAACGGAAAGCACUCUCGUAGCAGGUCAAUUGGGGCGUCAAUCAAGAAACACUUGCUGAGAAAAAGCAAAUCUCAAGAGUUAUGUGAUUCGCAGAGCGGCGAGGAGUUGGGCUGCAGCAUAACCAAAGCGACUUCCAUCGACAGCGUUGACAGCAUUUCAUUUAAUGAAACCAUCGACAGCAAGCUUGAACCUCUGCUGAGACACAAUCCAGCCGUGCACAUCGUCGACUUGGAGGCCUCCCCUCGCAAAGUGAGGCCAUACUCGCGUCUAAUCAACGAAAACAUCGACGACGAGGCAUCCGAUUCAAAGUCACAGUACCGCCCGCCCACCCCCUGCAAGAUACUGCUCCCGAACACGCCUCUUUCGAGAUCCCGACCGGUUGCCGUGGUUUACCCCAUCACCAAGAUGACGGACAGACUACCAGACGUACUCUUGUGA